GUGCUGCGCCACCGGCCAUGGCGAAAUCCAGCGCCGACGACCAGGAGCUCCGGCGAGCAUGCGAGGCCGCAAUCGAAGGCACCAAGCAGUCUGUCGUCAUGUCGAUCCGCGUCGCCAAGAGCCGAGGCAUGUGGGGCAAAACUCACAAGCUCGGCCGCGACAUGGCCAAACCUAGGGUUCUUGCCCUCUCCGUAAAAAACAAAGGCCAGCGAACUAAAGCCUUUCUUCGAGUCUUAAAAUAUUCCACUGGAGGAGUUCUUGAGCCUGCAAAGUUAUACAAGCUAAAGCAUCUUUCAAAGGUGGAGGUUUUAACAAACGACCCUAGUGGAUGUACUUUUACUCUGGGUUUCGAUAACCUUAGGAGCCAAAGUGUUGCUCCUCCUCAAUGGACCAUGCGAAAUAUUGAUGACAGGAACCGCCUUUUAUUGUGUAUUUUAAACAUAUGCAAAGAUGCACUGGAACAGCUCCCUAAAGUUGUUGGUAUAGAUGUUGUUGAGAUGGCUCUUUGGGCUAAGGAAAAUACACCAGCAGUUUCUAAUCAAAACAACCAGCAAGAGGGACCUGCUGCAUCAACAGUGACUGAACGUGAAAUGAAAGUAACGGUUGAGAAAGAACUUGUCUCACAGGCUGAGGAAGAGGACAUGGAGGCACUUUUGGGAACGUAUGUAAUGGGUAUUGGUGAAGCAGAGGCAUUUUCUGAAAGGUUGAAAAGAGAACUUCAGGCUCUGGAAGCAGCAAAUGUGCAUGCCAUUUUGGAAAGCGAACCUUUGAUGGAUGAGGUUUUGCAAGGGAUUGAAGCAGCAACAAAUUGUGUUGAUGACAUGGAUGAAUGGUUAGGCAUCUUCAAUGUGAAACUCAGACACAUGAGAGAAGACAUUGAAUCGAUAGAAACCCGCAAUAACAAGUUGGAAACGCAAUCUGUAAAUAAUAAAGCACUCAUCGAGGAACUUGACAAGCUUCUUAAAGGCUUGCAUAUCCCUACAGAGUAUUCAACAUGUUUGACAGGAGGUUCAUUUGACGAAGCACGUAUGCUUCAAAACAUAGAAGCAUGUGAGUGGUUAUCUGCUUCCCUACGCAGUCUUCAAGUACCCAAUUUGGAUCCUAUCUAUGCAAACAUGCGAGCUGUCAAAGAGAAGCGAGCCGAACUUGAAAUAUUAAAAGCUACAUUUGUAAGAAGAGCUUCUGAGUUCUUGCGAAAUUACUUUGCUAGUUUGGUGGAUUUCAUGAUAAGUGAUAAGAGCUACUUUUCUCAGCGAGGGCAACUGAAAAGGCCUGAUCAUGCUGAUCUUCGGUAUAAAUGCAGGACAUAUGCUCGCCUUCUGCAACAUUUAAAGACACUUGAUAAGAAUUGCCUUGGUCCGCUGAGAAAAGCAUAUUGUAGCUCCCUCAACUUGCUUCUUCGUCGGGAGGCUCGUGAAUUUGCAAAUGAGCUUCGUGCUAGCACGAAGGCAUCAAAAAAUCAGACUGUCUGGCUUGAAGCUUCUGGUGGUUCUGGUCAAAAUGUGAAUGCUGCAGACACUUCUACUGUUUCUGAAGCUUAUUCCAAGAUGCUCACAAUUUUUAUCCCACUCCUUGUAGAUGAGAGUUCUUUUUUUGCACACUUUAUGUGCUUUGAAGUUCCUGCACUUGUUCCUCCAGGGGGUACUGCCAAUGGAGAUAAAUCUGAAUACAAUGAUGAUGACCCCAAUGAUGACGAUUUGGGAAUCAUGGACAUUGACGACAAUGACAGUAAAGCUGGUAAACAAACAGGAGAACUUGCAGCAUUGAAUGAAUCUCUUCAGGAUUUACUUGAUGGAAUCCAAGAAGACUUUUAUGCUGUGGUGGACUGGGCAUACAAGAUUGAUCCUUUACGCUGCAUAUCAAUGCAUGGGAUUACAGAGCGUUAUCUUUCUGGUCAGAAAGCUGAUGCAGCAGGGUUUGUGCGUCUGCUGCUGGGUGAUCUGGAGUCAAGAGUAUCAAUGCAGUUUAGUCGUUUUGUUGACGAAGCAUGCCACCAGAUUGAAAGAAAUGAGCGCAAUGUUAGGCAAAUGGGUGUCUUAUCAUACAUCCCAAGAUUUGCAACUCUGGCAACACGAAUGGAGCAGUAUAUCCAGGGACAAUCUAGGGAGUUAGUUGAUCAAGCAUACACAAAAUUUGUUAGCAUAAUGUUUGUGACUUUAGAGAAAAUUGCACAAACAGAUCCAAAAUAUUCUGACCUUUUCCUCUUAGAGAACUAUGCUGCAUUUCAGAAUAGUUUGUAUGACCUAGCAAAUGUUGUUCCCACAUUGGCCAAAUUUUAUCACCAAGCAAGUGAAGCUUAUGAACAAGCUUGCACACGCCAUAUCAGUAUGAUCAUAUAUGCUCAAUUUGAGCGGCUUUUCCAGUUUGCUAAAAAAAUAGAGGAUUUGAUGUAUACAAUCGCUCCAGAAGAGAUCCCUUUCCAGCUUGGUUUGUCAAAGGUGGAUUUGCGGAAGAUGUUAAAAUAUAGUUUAUCUGGGCUUGACAAGUCCAUCAGUGCAAUGUACAAGAAGUUGCAGAAAAACAUGACAUCAGAAGAAUUGCUGCCUUCCUUGUGGGAUAAAUGCAAGAAGGAGUUUCUUGACAAGUAUGAAAGUUUUGCUCAACUUGUCAACAAAAUCUACCCCUCAGAGACCAUUCCUACUGUAACAGAGAUGAGAGAACUUUUGGCUUCCAUGUAAAUUGAGAGUUACUGUCCUGUAUAAUUAUAUUUUUCCAUAGGUAUAUUGAGGAUGAAUUGUAGCUAUGUAAUCUUGUGCUUUCUUUUUUGUAGAAAUAUUAUCCCAAAAAUUGGUUUUCCAUUGUCUCCUGUUGUCAAUAUAGGUUGAAAACAUGUGUAAUUGUUACAUGAGAGAUAUAUUGUUAAUAUACUUGUUCAUUUUCGCCCCGUA